UUGCAUUGGGUUCUGUGUUAUUGAAGAAUAACAUCAACUGCUAACAACAGUAUGUGUUUGAGAAGAGGCGUCAGGUGUGGGAGGAGGACAUGCAGAUUCACUCAGAGUUCCUGAAGGAGGAGUUGAAGGCGGAGCAUGCCUCGUACCUGCAGCAGCACCCGGUGCUCCGCGCCAUGAUGAGUGACUUCUUGCAGUUCCUGUUACUACAAAAACCAAGCAACGUCAUCAUGUUCGCCCGUGAGGAUUUCUCUUUCUCUGCUCCCGCCGACCCCCGGGGGGCCCCUUCAACACCUCUUCACCUUGAGGACACACUGUGGUUGCAUCUUGAUAGUCUAGUAGCUUCCGCUCACAGGCACUUUAGUGAGGACAAUACUAUUCUGGUUAGCAGUUGUCACUAGUAUGUACAGCGGCCCUCGAGAUCUAGAGUAUUGAUCAAAUAUGAAUGCUUUUAUGGACGUUUUGUGAUACUGUUUUUACUGCCUACUGCUUUUGUUUGAGCUGUAUUGAAACAAAUUGCAAUCAACUCUGUUGAUAUAGCAAUCGCAAGAGUUAGUUAUGUCGGUUGGGAUGAAUGAAAGAAAAUCUAUUAUUUCAUGUCUUGUAGGUUUCCCAUGCUUAACAUCUGUUAACCACUUGAUCCUCUAGUGAGAA